AUGGUGUUUGCGGUGGAGGAAAUCAAUCGUAACAGCACCCUGCUACCAGGAGUGAAGCUGGGCUACCGUAUACUCGAUAGCUGUUCCCGAUACCCCUGGGCUCUGCAAGCUGCACUGUCACUGGUCGGAGGAGACACAAACAGCUGCAACUCAACAGCUUCUAUGCUUCGUUCUGCAGCUAAUGAACAACCCGUAGAGACAGCAGGUGAUCAGGCUGUUCCUUUGCUCAUAGCUGCUGAUGCAUCUACAGCAGCCAUGAUGCUGUCCAGGAUCUUGGGGCCUCUCUCUGUGCCAGUUAUCAGCUACUUGGCCAGCUGCCCCUGUCUGAGUGACAGGACAAAGUUCCCCAACUUCUUCAGAACAAUUCCCAGUGAUAUUUACCAGGCUCGGGCCAUGGCACAACUGGCCAUACGGCUCGGCUGGACAUGGACAGGAGCAGUGAUAGUUACUAAUCGACAGUUUCUGGCCAGUGAGGCUUGGAGCACCAGUGAUGAUCUCCUCCAAGAUCUUGCAAUCUCUAAAGUGGCAAGUGGCGUUCUUGGUGUGGCCAUUCAAAGUUCAGUAAUACCUGGAUUUAAAAAUUACCUUAAAAGUUUGGACCCAAUUCAUCACCCUGAUGAUGAAUUCUUACAAGACCUCUGGCAAAAGGAGUUUGGAUGCAGUCCUUUAUCUAAACAACCACGUGCAAUGCAUAUCUCUUCAAAUUUGUAUUCACCACUCCAAACAACAUCAGACCAUGUGUCAAAUAUUUCCAAGGGCUUGCUUGAGAAAACUUCUGUGCCACCUUGCAGUGGGACAGAGUCCCUUCAGGGGUUGCAGCAUCCCUUUACUGACACCUCUCAGCUGAGGGUGGCAUAUAAUGUCUACCUUGCUGUUUAUGCUGCAGCCCACGCCCUUCACAGCCUUCUCUCCUGCCCUGAUGGAGACAGAAAUCCUGUAAACCAUAGCUUCACUUGUUCCUCUCCCAAACACAUAAGAACCGAGGAGCUGUUGCAGCAAUUGAACAAAGUGAACGUCACCACACCACAAGGGGAAGCGUUUCAUUUCCAAGGAGCUGAUAUUCCAGCAAAGUAUGACCUGGUGAACUGGCAGAAGAAGACUGAUGGGUCACUUCAACUUGUUUUGAUUGGUCAUGUGGACGGGUUUGACCUCCACCUCAAUGAGUCGGCUAUUGAGUGGAGCACAGGAUCCAAUCAGGUGCCUGUUUCAGUGUGCAGUGAGAGCUGUCCUCCUGGUACUCGAAAGGCCAGCAGGAAAGGAGAACCUCUCUGCUGCUUUGACUGUAUCCCAUGUGCUGAAGGGGAGAUUAGUAAUAAAACUGGUUCUCUUCACUGUGAACGUUGUCCCCCUGAGUUCUGGUCCAAUGCUGAACAAACUGCCUGUGUCCCUCGUCAGCUGGAUUUCCUUUCUUUUAAUGAAACUUUGGGCAUCACUCUGACUACAGCAGCUGUGUCUGGUGCUGCUGUGACAACAGCUGUGUUUGUGGUCUUUCUUUACUAUCGUCAGACACCUAUGGUUCGAGCCAACAAUUCAGAUCUGAGCUUCCUGCUUCUUCUGUCGUUGAAGCUGUGCUUCCUGUGCUCACUGGUGUUCAUUGGUCGUCCAUCAGUCUGGUCCUGUCGGUUCCAGCAGGCAGCUUUUGGGAUCAGCUUUGUACUUUGUGUUUCCUGCCUCCUGGUCAAAACCCUUGUAGUUCUUGCUGUUUUCCGCUCAGCUCAGCCUGGCGCAGGAGCUUUUAUUAAGUGGUUUGGUCCGGGCCAACAGAGAGGAAGUGUCUGCCUCUUUACCUGCAUACAGGUAAUCAUCUGUGCCACAUGGUUGUCCCUCAGUCCUCCGGUGCCUCGACGUGAUCUGGGUUUCCAAGGGUCAAAGGUCACUCUGGAGUGUGCCAUGGCCUCUGUGGUGGGCUUCUCUCUGGUUCUGGGCUACAUUGGCCUGCUGGCCUGCACCUGCCUCCUCUUGGCCUUUCUUGCUCGGAAACUCCCAGACAACUUCAAUGAGGCCAAACUGAUCACCUUCAGCAUGUUGAUAUUCUGUGCUGUCUGGGUGGCCUUUGUUCCUGCUUACGUUAGCUCUCCUGGGAAGUAUGUUGUUGCUGUGGAAAUCUUUGCUAUCCUGGCUUCCAGCUAUGGUUUACUGCUCUGCAUUUUUGUCCCUAAAUGUUUCAUAAUUCUUUUCAGGCCAGACAGAAACACCAAGAAAUACUUGAUGGCCAGAUAGUUUUGUUGGUUCUAAUUAGACCACCAUGUCAUGGAUGUGUUUUUGAGUACGUGUUAUGUAAACCUCUUUCGCUGAAAUAAAGUUCAUUUGUAAUAUAAUUUGUUGUAUGAAGUUAGGAAAUAUCUUGUCAGCACACUUAUGACUUUCACUGGUAACUGAAAGAAUAUUUUUGCUGUUCUUCAUUAUCAUUCAGUGCUUAUAUGAAUGUAUUCUUGUGCCAUCAAA